CGUAUCUUAUAUAGAAGUGAUCUCAGUCUUUAAAGUUCGCAAGCCAUUUUGUACGUUGUUCAAGCCAGCUGUGAAAAAAUAUAUAACUUAAUCAUAUUUCAGUGAAAUGUUAAAGCGUGAUAAUCUAUAAAUUAAGGCGAAGAGGAAGAUGUGCGCUAAAUGCGUGUGCGUUAAUAAAAAAGGGAUCAAAUUGUAAUGCCAUAACAUCGAUAGGAUUCGCGAAAAUCGAGAUUAUUUCGCGAAACAAAGAACACUACUCUUCGAUAUCUUUUAUUAACCUUGGCCUGGACGUCAUAAUAUAUUCUUCCUCUUGGUGACAUAAAGUAUGCAAGAUGAGUGGGGAUAAUAUUCAAAGUCAUUCCGAUCAAAAUAUGGAAACGAUAGAGUUAUCAGAGUUGCCUGUCUUUCCCAAAAUGGUUAAAUCAUGCGUCAAAGUAUGGAUGGAGAAAAUGAAUAAAGGUGUACUUUCACUAACUCACUUUAAAGAACAUUGGAGGAUUUGGGUUCCUAAGAUUUACAGUCCUGAACCUAAUGGCAAUUGUUUGGAUUGGAGUUUUGACGAGGAGAAAGCACAAAAAGUACUUUACAAUACGUUAGAAGAAUUCAUUUGCAACGAUGAUCCACAAGUUGUAUUGAAACAACUUAGUCAAAUGGAUAACCCUCCGUCCAUAUGUGGUAAAGUAUUUAAAAUAGGUGAACCAACAUAUAGUUGCAGAGAAUGUGGUAUGGAUUCUACAUGUGUUUUGUGCGUUGACUGUUUCAAACAGUCUGCUCAUCGUAAUCAUAAAUAUAAAAUGGGAACUUCAAAUGGUGGAGGUUGCUGUGAUUGUGGUGAUACGGAAGCAUGGAAAAACGAACCAUUUUGUAAGAUACACUUAGUUGGAACUCAAUCGAAAGAAGGUUGUGGGAAUAAACUGCCUGGCGAUAUUGCAGAAAGAGCAGUUGUUACUUUUGAAGCCGUACUGAAAUAUUGCUAUGAAUUAUUGUCGUUAGAACAUACACCAGGAUUACCAUCAGAUUUAUGCUUUAAAGAAACCGACGAAGAUCCUAUAUUCUUAUUAGCCGCUACGGAUACUUAUUGCACAGUCCUUUUCAAUGAUGAGACACAUACUUUUGAACAAGUUAUAAAUACAUUAACACGUGUCUUGAAGUGUUCUCAAAGGGAUGCCGUCGAAUAUGUGACGAAUGUAGAUAGAGAAGGUAGAUCAGUUGUAAAGUGUUCAAGAUUUCAACAUUGCAAGGAGCUGAAAGUUGAAAUAGAAAGAUUUACAUCAAGAAACAGCACUCGGGCUUUAAAAGUUCUUGUUGUUCAUGCUCACGUUAUCGCUCAUCAAACCUUUGCUAUGAAAUUGUUGAAUUGGUUACAACAAUUUAUAAGUGUAUGUGAAGGUUUUAGAAUACUUUUUAGCAAUGUCGCACUUAACACAAAAUUACCAGAAAUAUCAAUUGUCGAAGGUAUACUAAUGAGAGAUUCGCAAUUAUGGAAAUCUGCUAGAACAGCUUGGCACAGAUUGUUUAUAUCUGGAAUGCUUAUGGAAUAUGAAAGUAAAAAAUCUUUGGCUAUUGUAUUCACUUAUAAUUAUGGUUCAGUCAUGAAAGAUUUCAUUAGAGAUGAUCACGAUCAUUCGUUUUCAAUAGUUUCUUUGUCCGUACAAUUAUUCACGGUUCCCACUUUAGCACAUCAUCUUAUAGCGCAUAACGAUGUAUUAUUUAUUUUGUUGAACACAUUCAUUUCGGAAAGUUCGCGUAGGUGUAAUUCCGCUGGUAAAUUAGAAUUUGAAAGGAACACACCCAAUACAACAUUUAAAAGAGCUCAAUAUAUACUUUACGAUUUAAGAUAUUUACUCAGCGCCAAACCGGACGUUUGGACCGACGAAUUAAGACGAGGAUUUUUGCAAGGAAUUUCAUUAUUGUUAAAAUUAUUUUGCAGUAUGCAAUGUAUGGAUGCAGUAUUAAGACAAGUUGGACAACAUAUGGAAUACGAGCCCGAAUGGGAAUCUGCAUUUAAUUUGCAUAUUAAACUUGCACCAGUUAUUAGUUUAGCUCUUGAAUGGUGUGGUUCCGAUAAAAUUGUUUUAAUUAAAGCUUUUAGAGCAACAUUAAAAAAGCUCUCUGAACAACCAAGAAUUGAAUCUGCAAUAACUCAAGUUAGAGAGCUGGCAGAUCACAGUGCUACAUGUUUGCAAUACGAUGUUUCUUCUGAACCAGUAUCUAUACAUCUUCCAUUGUCAAGAUUUUUAGCAGGAUUGUUUCUUUAUCUCGAAGAGCACAAUUUACAUUUUCAAUCUCCUGAAUUUAUAAAUGAACCAAGACCAACACCUGAACAAAUUAUUGAACCUGUAUUAACAGCACAAGCUAUGAUAUCACAAGUACAUGCCGGAAUGUGGAGAAGAAAUGGAUAUUCGUUGUUGAAUCAAUUGUAUUUUUAUCACAAUGUUAAGUGUCGCAGCGAGAUGUUAGAUAGAGAUAUUAUUUUAUUACAAGCCGGGGCGUCUCUUAUUGAGAGCAAUGAAUUUCUUAUUCAUAUUUUGAACAAAUAUAAUCUUCUCAAUUGGGCAGAUCCAAAUUUUGAAACUAAUGCGUUAAAAAAUCCAGAAGAAGAUAGCAUCAGACAAACAAUUAAUUUGGUUGAGGAAUUUCUUAAUUUACUUAUAAUCAUUAUAGGAGAGAGAUACGUACCUGGAGUCGGACAAGUUACUGCUGACGAUCGUUUAAAAAAGGAAAUAAUACAACAGUUAUGUAUAAAACCUCUAUCUCAUUCUGAAUUAAAUAAGACUUUACCGGAUGAUGCCCAUCUUGAAACAGGCAUGGAAAGAGUUAUUCACGAUGUAGCAGAUUUUAAGAAAUCCCCAAAUACAUCAGCUGGUAAAGGUGUAUACGAAUUAUUGAAACCUCAUUUAUAUUCGGAAUAUAAUGUGUUCUUUUAUCACUACACAAAGGAAGAAUUUAGUAGAUCUGAAGAAGCUCAAAGAAAACGAAGGAAAGCUCUUGGUGAAUUAGAAUGUUGUCCACCACCAAAACUCCCAAAAUUAACGGAGGCGUUCAGUUUAGUUGCAAAUUUAUUGCAAUGUGACGUAAUGCUUCAUAUUAUGCAGACUGUAUUACAACGUGCCCUAACAUUUGUAGCAAGAAGUUUUUCCGAACCACAAGUCCACAAAAUACUUCAUCUUAUAGGAUACGCGCUUCAAGAACAGGAAUCGGGUUAUUAUCCUUUUCUGGUGUUCACAGAAAGAGCUGUUAAAUGGAACAUUUAUAAAUUACUUGAAGAUUUACAAAAUAGUCCACGUAUAGAGGCACAUAAAGAUUUACUCACUUGGGUUCUUACCAAAUACAGAGAAGUAGCUGGUUCUAGUAUGGUAGAAUCUACCACUGCUUCUACUACAGUAACUAGCCCAGAAAAUGCCAGUGAUGCAGAGUCUAAUAAAAAUGGUAAAGAAUGGAGAAUGAAAAUGGCUGCUUUGAAACGUGCGAAAAUAAUGACGCAAAUGGCAGCAAUGCAAAAGCUUUUUAUGAAAAAGAAUGCUAAGCUAUUUGAAAAUGCAUCAUCAGAUGCAAGUAAGAGUGAACAAGGAUCGGCUAUGGAUUUAACAGAAUGUUCCGAAAGUUCAUCGCCAGUUGCUAGUGGUAAUAAUCAAGCGAGUAGUAGUUUACCAGAAGAAAAAACCUACACGUGCAUUUUAUGUCAAGAAGAUCAAGCUGUAACUGCAACCGGUCCAGCGAUGGUACUUGCUGCUUUUGUUCAACAAUCAACUGUAUUAUGUCAAUAUAGAGGAAAUACAGAAGAAUCUGAUCCAUUAUAUCUGUCAAGUAAAUUAGGCGCAUCGCCGCAUACCAGCACAUGCGGUCACGUAAUGCACGCAUAUUGUUGGCAAGAAUAUUUUGACAAUGUACUUGCUAAAGAAAAUAGACGUCCAUAUCGAUUACGACAACCAGCAAGUUUUGACGUUGAGAAACACGAGUAUCUUUGCCCACUUUGCGAAGGUUUGAGUAAUACUGUUAUGCCAUUAAUACCACCUUUAGGCGUAUUGCAAUCUCGUCCUCAAAAUCAAUCUAACUUGACUUUUGAGAUGUGGUUAGAAGCUAUGAUGCUAACGUUAGAUUGUAAACUUUUUGGAAGCUAUAUGAAAAAAGAGCCUUACCAGGAGCUUCAUGAUCCUGCUUGUUUAUAUUGCACAAGCUCAAAUGGUGAAGAAAUUCCUGUUAUUGGAAUAUAUAAUUCUAAUAAUAAUUCUGUAGAACAAACGACACUUUCAUGUCCUAUUAAAGCAUUUCACCAAUUACUUGGUACUGUUGGUGCUAUAUUUGAAUCUACUUAUUCGCAACCUGGUCCAUGUCUCUCGGAUUAUCUUGUAACAAUGAUAGAUCUAUUUGCACAAACGACAUAUACAAAAGGUCUUGGUGCUGAGCCACAUGAAUCGGACUCUAGAGUACCCUUGUUGGCUUGGAAAUCAACAGCAUACACUGUUCACGCUAUUGAAUUUCUUAUUCGUGACACGGAUAAACCUUUGUUAGGUGCUUUACCUUCCAGACAAAGAGAUUGCUUAGAAGGCCUUGCCAGAAUUUCGGCCAUUUUAGGAGCUACAAUUCAAAAAGGAGCUUGCGGAAGUCCAACAUGGUCAGGAAAACAAACUAUCCGCAAUUAUGCACUUCCUCUUUUAUCGAUACUAUUAGAAAAUCCUCAUGAUGGUCCAUCUAUCUUAGAAUGGGAUCCUUUAGGUAUUUUGAUCCCGCUGAUUAAUUCUCUUCCAUCUUUGUUCAAAACAAAAGGCGAUAAUCCGCCACUGAUAAUAACAGGAGGUAUAUUUGAAUUGCAUGCAUUGACACUCGUAUUCAUAUCAUUGAUAGUAAAAAUUAUACUGACAACUGAUUUUAAUGAGAGUAUGGAAGUAGAUAGCGAAGUAACAGAAGAAGAUUAUAAGAGUUGUGAUACCAUUGUAUCAUUAGCUCAAGCUCUUGGAAUGAACAUCAUGAAUGAAACUGCUUGUGAAUUAUGGAGACGUAUCAAGGAAGGUUGCUUACCAUUUUUAAGAUGUUAUGCACUGUAUUAUCACUUUAUCUCAGAUGUUCCAGCACCAGAGGAAUUAACUAAAUUAGGCGGCGAUACGUAUGAGAAUAUAUGUGCAUAUCUUGGAUUACCAAUAACAUGCAACGAAUUGAUAGCUCCCAACAUGGAAAAUGUCAUGCGGUUGGUAAAAGUAUGGAAAAGUCAUCCAACUGUUGAAGCUCAUCUUGCUGGUAGAAGCACAAUCGAGAUCAUAAAAGAACCAUUGAGAGUUAAUAAACUGGUAGAACUUCCCGAGGAUUAUAGUGAAUUGAUAAAUACAAUAUCAUUAUUUACUUGUCCUAACAGUGAUCGAGAGGACUCGAGGAAUCCUACCAUGUGCCUGGUUUGCGGAGAAAUGUUAUGUUCUCAAAGCUAUUGUUGUCAAACAGAAUUGAAUAAAACUAUGGUAGGUGCAUGUACUUAUCAUGCGACCAAAUGCGGUGCCGGAGUUGGAAUGUUCCUACGAGUACGCGAAUGUGAGAUAUUAUUUUUGAGAAGUCCAAAUCGAGGAUCAUUCGUUUGUCCACCUUAUUUCGAUGAAUAUGGAGAAACGGAUCAAGGUUUAAGAAGGGGGAACCCGCUUCGGCUAUGCAAAGAAAAAUAUAAAGAUUUAAAUCAGAUGUGGCUUGGACAUGGAUUACACGAGGCUGUAACAAGAGGCAUUGAAUCUUCAAAUAAUGUUAUGACAAUGCAAUGGCAGCAUCUAUAACCGUUCUAAGCUUGUCUCAUGGAAUUUAGUUUGGAACGUUAACAACUGAAUAAAAAAUACACUAAAUUUACACUUAGAUAUAAGUGAAUGUAGCAGUUAGUGUUAUCUUUGUUGAUCAUGUGCUUGAUUCACUGCAUGACAUUGAUAAAAAAAAAAAAAAUUAUUUAUUCUAAGAACAUCAUAUAGAUAAUUUUGUAUAUUUAAGAGAAUUGGAUGUUAUCUCCCUUUUGCGGCAGCGUUUCAACUUAUUUCAGAGUUUACGGAAUUUCUAUUACUAUUAUUAUUAUUAUUAUUAUUAUUAUUAUUAUUAUUAUUAUUAUUAUUAAUAUUCUUAUUACUACAAUGUAAAUUAAAAUACAACAUUAUUCAUAAUAAUUAAAAAAAUAUUGUAUUGGAUUUUGUUGCUUGUAGCAAUUAGUUAGUUUUGCUUGUACCAUUAUACAAUUUAUCAUUAUCACCUUCAUUAUUAUAUAUAUAUAUAAAGUUCUAAUAAUCUAAGGAAAAAAAAACAUUGUGAAAUAUGUAAACCAAUUUUUCUCAUAGAUGACAAAACGAUCAUAUUUGGAAAAGGACUAUUGUACGAAAUUACUUCCACAGUUUUUUCUUGUAUAAAUACUGUUUAUUGCGUUUACAGAUAAACUCGUAAUACGGAUUGUUACGGUUUUCAGAUAUUACUCUCAUCAUUACGUUGCUUAAAUUAUUGAAGAAAAGAAGUGGAUAAUUACAUCACAAUAGAUGACUAGAUAAAAAUAAAGAUCGUUAAUAAUUAUAAACAUUCAAAUAUUUGGUAGAGAGUGAUGAAAUAAAUAAUGUGGCAUAAUCCCCGUCUUUUUCAUUGUUAGUCGUCUUGGUAAUUGAAAGAUAUAUGGUAUACCUAGGAUUAGAAAUACAUCUUCUUUAUACCUUUAACCAAUGUUAUCAUUGUUCUAAGAUGUGUGUUCGUUAUUUAUUUUAAUAUUAUAUUUUUAUCAUUAUAUAUAUAUUAAUAGAACUUCUUGCAACACAGUUAAAGUUUGGAUAUUAUGCGUAUACAUGUGUGUACCAAAUGUAACGAUAAAAAAAACAAAAACCAUGUAAAUAUAUGACGUGUUAUUCGUCAAUUCGAGUGAAAAAACAUGUAGUUCUUAUAAAUAUAAAUAUUAUAGAAAUAUUAAAUGUUUAUUAGAGAUGCUUUUCGCGGAAAGAAAGAAAAAUAACGAAAAAGAAAAGAAAAUGUUGACCCUAUUAUUUCGUAAAUCAUUCUUUUAAGUACAUUUUGUGGUGUUAUAUAAUUUAUUUGUAGAAUACAGGAUAAUAUAUUGAUUUACAUC